CCUGUUCUGCGUUGUUUGCUAAUGCUAACGUUAAUUGUCCUGUAACAUACGUACUUCUCUAAAUAUCGUGUCCGUCUUUUUUGGAUUUGCGUGAGCUGCGUUUUUUUUUCUGGUAUGCUACAAACACCGUCAACAAUGGCGGACAUUAAGAAUUUUCUGUAUGCUUGGUGUGGAAAAAAGAAGGUAACUCCGAACUAUGACAUCCGAGCUGCUGGGAAUAAAAACAGACAGAAAUUCGUGUGUGAGGUGCGUGUGGAGGGUUACAAUUACGUUGGCAUGGGAAAUUCCACCAACAAGAAGGAUGCUCAGUCCAAUUCUGCACGAGAUUUUGUGAAUUAUCUUGUUCGGAUGAAAGAAAUAAGUCCUGGUGAAGUUCCUGCUCUAGGGGCCAGUGUACCUGAUGGAGGGAAUGGUGGGAAUGAAGAAAGUGUUGAGUUUGGAAGUCUCCCAUCCAACUGUCCACUACCUCCACAUCUGGCUGUGAAGAAGGAAUCGGAACCUUCUGCAGCUUCUGCACCUGUUCCUGGAGUCACCGGUUUGGGCUACUCUGGUUUUGGUAAUGCCCAAUGGGAGCGAGGAGCCAACCUGCAGGAUUAUUACUCCAAGAGACAGGAACAGGAUGACAAAGCGACCUUGGAAUCAGAGGAAGUUGAUCUGAACGCUGGCCUGCAUGGAAACUGGACUCUGGACAAUGCGAAGGCCCGUCUGAACCAGUUCUUUCAGAAGGAGAAAAACCAAACAGACUACAAGUACAGCCAAGUGGGGCCUGACCACAACAGGAGUUUUAUUGCUGAGAUGUCAAUCUUUGUAAGACAACUUGGUAGGAAGGUUCCUGCCCGUGAGCAUGGUUCAACAAAGAAGCUGGCGGCCCAGUCUUGUGCACUUUCUCUUGUCCGUCAGCUUUACCAUUUGGGGGUUAUAGAGGCUUACACAGGACAGACCAAGAAGAAAGAGGGAGAAAGUGUGGAUGUAUAUGAAGUGAAUCUCAGUGAUGAUGUAAAGCAGCAAUUGCACAGUAUUGUGCAAGAACUUGGCAUCCAGAUCCCUCCUCCUCCUGAGGACCCCAACAGUCCAGUAUCUCUGGUACAAGGGAAGUUGGCUAACUUUGAGCCCUCACAAAGGCAGAGCAUGGCUGGAGUGGUGCCAUGGUCGCCACCGCAGGUCAACUGGAACCCCUGGACCAGCUCCAAUAUCGACGAAGGACCGCUGGCAUUUUGUACCCCAGAACAGAUCAGCGCAGACCUACUACAGGAGCUCAACUGUCAACUUGAACAGGACAAAGAUCUGCAGACAAUUCUAGUGGAUCGAAAUAACCUGCCAGUCAAGAAUUUUGAGGAGCAAAUCAUGGCCGCCAUUCACAAUAACCCAGUGAUCAUCAUUCGUGGAGCCACUGGCUGUGGAAAGACCACUCAGGUUCCUCAGUACAUCUUGGAUGAGUUCAUACAAAGAGGCAGAGCAUCUGAGUGCAAUAUCAUUGUUACACAGCCGAGACGGAUCAGUGCUGUGUCAGUGUCAGAACGUGUAUCUUUUGAGAGAGCAGAGGAGAUUGGGAAAAGCUGUGGCUACAGUGUGCGUUUUGAGUCAGUCCUGCCCAGACCUCACGCCAGCAUCCUCUUCUGCACAGUUGGGGUUUUGCUGAGGAAGCUGGAAGCUGGUAUCCGUGGCAUCAGUCAUGUGAUUGUGGAUGAAAUCCAUGAGAGGGACUUGAAUUCUGAUUUCCUGUUGGUAGUAUUGAGAGAUGUGGUCCAGGCUUACCCUGAUGUUCGCAUCAUCCUCAUGUCUGCCACCAUUGACACCACCAUGUUUAGAGAAUACUUUUUCAACUGUCCUGUCAUCGAGGUGCAUGGACGUGCACAUCCUGUACAAGAGUAUUUUCUAGAAGACUGCAUUCAGAUGACUCAGUUCGUACCACCACCAAUGGACCGGAAGAAAAAAGAUAAAGAUGAAGAUGGUGGAGAGGAAGAAGUGAACUGUAAUGUCAUCUGUGGGCCUGAGUAUAGUCCUGAGACCAAGCGCGCCAUGUCUCAGCUGAAUGAGAAGGAAACUCCAUUCGAGCUGAUUGAGGCUUUGCUGAAGUACAUCGAAACGCUGGAAGUCCCAGGGGCUGUGCUAGUCUUCCUCCCAGGCUGGAACCUUAUCUAUUCCAUGCAAAAACACCUGGAGAUGAACCCACACUUCGGCGGUCAUCAAUACCGAAUCCUGCCCCUUCACUCUCAAAUCCCCAGGGAAGAACAGAGACGAGUGUUCGAGCCUGUCCCUGAUGGUGUGACUAAGGUCAUUUUAUCCACAAACAUCGCUGAGACCAGCAUCACCAUAAAUGAUGUGGUCUUUGUCCUUGACUCCUGCAAGCAGAAAGUGAAGUUGUUCACUUCUCACAACAAUAUGACAAACUACGCCACAGUGUGGGCCUCCAAGACCAACCUUGAGCAGAGGAAGGGGCGAGCUGGCAGAGUCAAACCAGGCUUCUGCUUUCACCUGUGCAGCAGAGCUCGCUUUGAAAAACUGGAUACCCAUAUGACUCCAGAAAUCUUCCGCACACCGCUGCAUGAGGUGGCCCUCAGCAUUAAGCUACUGAGACUGGGUGCCAUCGGGAAUUUCUUGUCUAAAGCCAUUGAGCCGCCUCCAUUGGAUGCCGUAAUUGAAGCUGAACAUACACUGAGAGAGCUGGAUGCUCUAGACUGUAAUGAUGAGCUGACUCCACUGGGACGUGUUCUGGCCAAACUGCCCAUUGAACCACGUCUGGGAAAGAUGAUGAUCAUGGGAUGCAUCUUUAAUGUUGGAGAUGCAGUGUGCACCAUCUCAGCAGCGGCCUGUUUCCCAGAGCCCUUCAUCAACGAGGGAAGACGUCUCGGCUUUGUUCACAGGAACUUUGCGGGCACACGGUUUUCAGAUCACGUGGCUUUACUCUCUGUCUUCCAGGCCUGGGAUGAAGUCCGGAUGGGAGGUGAGGAAGCAGAGAUCAGGUUCUGUGAGCACAAGAGGCUGAACAUGCCCACUUUGAGGAUGACCUGGGAGGCCAAGGUCCAGCUAAAGGAGAUCCUUAUUAACGUUGGCUUCCCUGAAGAGUGCCUCCUGAAUCAGAUGUUUAACAACGUGGGACCAGACAAUAACUUGGAUGUGGUGAUCUCUCUGCUGACGUUUGGCUCCUACCCCAACGUGUGCUACCACAAAGAGAAAAGGAAGAUCCUGACCACAGAGGGUCGAAAUGCUCUCAUUCACAAAUCCUCAGUCAACUGUCCUUUCAGCAACCACGAUAUGACGUAUCCAUCUCCCUUUUUCGUCUUUGGGGAAAAGAUCCGAACUCGAGCCGUCUCAGCAAAAGGAAUGACACUUGUCAGCCCUCUUCAGCUCAUUCUGUUCGGCUCAAAGAAGAUCACAUCCAAUGGAGAAAUUGUUGAGCUUGAUGAUUGGCUCAAAUUGCAGAUUCCCCAUGAUGUAGCUGCUGGUGUGGCUGCUCUGAGGGCAGCAAUGGAAGGCCUGGUGGUGGAGGUGACCAAAGACCCGGAAUACAUCAGAAAUUUGGAUCCCACCAACGAGCACUUGUUGAAUGCCAUUCGACUUGUGUCUAGACCCUCGUCAGCAGGCAUCAACCUCAUGGCCACUAACCCACGCUUUGGAGAUGGUCCACGUCCGCCCAAGAUGGCCCGUAGCGAUUUUGGAGGUGGUCAAGAGUUCAGGGGCCGAGGAGGAUACAGCGGUGGCGGUGGAUCUUGGUCUGGUGGAGGAUACAGAGGAGGUGGAGGAUACCAGGGUGGUGGAGGCGGCUUCAGAGGAUCAGGAGGUUAUCGUGGGGGUGGGGGUGGAUACAGGGGGUAUGGUGGUGGAGGUGGGUUCAGGGGAUCUGGUGGGUACAGAGGAUCUAAUGGAGGUGGAGGAUAUGGAGGGAGAGGAUUCAGAGGUGGCUCAGGUGGGUGGGAUGGAAACAGGGGUGGUUAUUAAAGCUGAAUAACUGAACAUAAAAUAUCUUCAAGAUAGUAGAAAAUUGUUUGUUUUGUAUUGCUUUUUGUUGGUUCUCAAUCUUUUCUCAUUUUGUUUUAUGUAAAUAAAUAAAGCAUGAAAAAUGUAAACUUUGACUGCCAUACUGCCAGAUAAUAACGGCUAUUAAAAACAGCUAAUUUGUGAGCAACAUUGUAGUAAUCAUUUUUAAUAGAUGGCAAAUACAUGUUAAGUGUUAUAUUCUAUUAAAUAAUUUCUUUUGUAUCCAUCUUUAUUUCUCAUAUAUAAUUUCUUUAUUAUACUUAAGUAAUGGGUACUCUUGAUCUCUCUUAUGCCCUCUAAGAAAUGAGUUAGUUGACAAUCCUACCAAAAAGUUACUGGUGGGAAUUAGAAAGUUUCCAGAUGUGUGGUUUUGUGGCAAUGUAACUCCAGCCAAGUUUUUUUUUUUUUUUUUUUUUUUUUUCUGUCCAGAUUGAGCAACAUUUUGUUCCCUAUAACUAACAUUAUUUAGAAGUAUGCAUUUGAAAUUUCACAAUAAAGAAACACAUUUCACACUAA